AUGACAGCCACCGAGCCUCAAUCUCCCCGAUAUUUCACCGAGUAUUUGCCCCGACUGUGUUCUGUCUCUAUAUGUGUGGAAGUACAGAGACAAGGGCUUGAAGAGCUUCUCAUUAAAGACAAUCAUUUGCUGGUCUCCACGAAGACGCAAACGAUCUCCAUCCCGCUGGCGGGAAAGACUGCAGACUACAAUGAAAUCCUGUCAUUCGCGCGAGUUGAAAAUGGCUUUAUUACCUUAAAAGUUCCUGCUGUGGCUGACAAAGCCGCUAGUAGUACCGAUCAGCUAACAAGCACUGACGACUUGAUCUGGUCGAUCAGAGACUUGAAACAGCACCCAAAAGGCGUCUUUGAGUGUGCCGCAUGCUGCCAGCCAAUUGCAGACCUCUCAAAAAUACGAAAGCUCCAUUCUAUGCCAUCGGAAAUGUGGUAUGAAAUGAUGGAGUUCUGGCACUGCCACAAACCAACGAACGGUAACUAUACCAACGACAAAAUCGCGAAUCGGUUCAACAGUCUGAAGCCUGCCUCAGACACAUUAAUCGUGGGCGCUUACUACUUCCUGGCUCCUUCGCUGCCUUCAAUAUUCACGGAGAAUCAAUUUGUUAAGUGCGCUGGCUGCCACCAGAUUCUCGGGGAGCAGGAAAAUAAUAACCACAAACUUCUUAAAUGGAAGCUGGCACUGAGAGACAGGAACGCGCAACAAUAUUGUUCAUGCCUGAUCUAUCUAUAUAGUUAUUUGCUUGACUCGAUUGCCUCAACCGCAGUGCGUUUUUUCCUUGUGAAAAGCCAAUCGACAAGGGUUUUGCUAUGGUGUUUCAAUUUUGGAAUAGACGUGACGUUUUCAUCUUCAUAUUUGAAAAACUGCCUCAAAGUGAUGUACAUUGACGACGAGAGCAAAGUCUCCAAAUUUUUGGAGCAAAAUGACGGCGAGGGAACAAAUCAAAGGUCACUGCAUAACCGAUAUGAGGUGGUUGAUUUGGAAGACGACAUGAUGACUGAAACUAUCAAUGAGCUUAACACGAUCAACGAAAAGUUGCCAGAGUCGCAGCGACAAUUCAAUCAGUGGAAAGUGUCCUAUCUAGGAAGAAGAUUAUAG